AUGGACACGGACUUGUAUCGCCUGUCAACGGAGCAAGGUUCGGCCCUCACUGGCACCUUCCCCGGCCCUGGUGCAAGGUUCAGCCACGUUCACCUGUACUUUGUAGGCCUCCUGCUUCUGUCUAAUGGUUGUUCCUAUCUCCUCACCUAUGUGGAUCGGUUCGCCUGGUGGCCUGAAGCUACCCCCAGCCUGACGUUGUUGCUCCAACGGUGGUCAAGACUUUUCUCAGUCGUUGGGCUGCCAUCUUCGAUGCGCCAUCCACUAUCACGACCGACCGCGGUGCCCAGUUUGCGUCUAACCUCUUCCAGUCUCUCCUCUCCCUUUGUGCUGUACCCGCAUCCGGACGACAGCCUAUCACGCGUCUGCCAAGGUGACGGUCGAGCGGUUUUACCACCAGUUGAAAACCUCCAUGAGCCCCGGAGAAUUGGACAGACCGUCUUGCCUUGGUCCUCUUGGGCAUCCGCUCUGCUCUCAAGCCGAACCUUGACUGUUCCGCCGCUGAACUGGUCUUUGGCGACACAGACCGACUUUCUGGUGAGAUGA